CGAGGCGCGGCUUUCGUUAGAGGAAGGAAGGCGGAAGGGAGGAGUAAGCGGAGGCAACCUCAAGAACCUCAUACUUGUAUUCUUCCUCAAUAGCAUUAUCUGGUAAUCCUGUAAGUGCCUCAUUUUUUUUUCUUGAUGGGCAGCAAGAUGAAUGUUCUUUAAGCUCAACUCAUUACCUGAAUUUAAAGGCAUGUGGGCUACCAAGAUGAUAUAUAGAUCUCCAAGACAGUGGCUGCAAUUGAAGCCAGAUGGACUGCACAAUUGUCUAUGUAGAGCAAAGAGUUUUGGGAAUUCUGAUCAGUGUUAUAUUUUACAAGCUCUCCAUCUUUUUUCCACGUGCAGUGUCUCCCAAGUUCAUAACACAUGGUUCAUAAUGGAUCUCAAUGAAACAGAAGGAAAUACAGUAAAUAAGAAAUCAUCCAAGUCACUAGAUGGUAGAAGACAUCUUGAGAUGGAAGCAAAGAUGAAACAUCUCAACUUAUCCUUUGCAGCCUCUGGCUUUCUGGGGAUCUACCACUUGGGGGCAGCAUCUGCUUUUUGCAGACAUGGUAAGAAGUUGUUGAAGGUUGUGAAGGCCUUUGCAGGAGCAUCUUCAGGAGCUUUGACUGCCACUAUUCUUUUAACAGUGCCAGGAAGUAUCGAGGAAUGUACAAAUAUUACCUACCAACUUGCUGCAGAUACUCGAAAACUAUAUUUUGGAGCAUUGACACCUGGCUAUGAUCUUAUGACAAAACUUAGGGAUUACAUUGAUUCAAUCCUCCCCCCUAAUGCCCAUGAGACAGCAAAAAAUCGCCUCUUUGUAUCAGUCACUAGUACUAAAAAUGGGAAAAAUUAUUUGCUUUCAAAUUUUUCCUCCAGGGAAGAUCUUACUAAGGCUUUGUUAGCCAGCAGUUUUAUUCCUCUCUAUGCAGGAAUUAAUGCAGUGGAUUAUAAAGGACAGAAAUGGAUCGACGGUGGCUUAACCAAUGGCCUCCCUAUCUUGCCAGAAGGCCGAACUGUGACUAUUUCUCCUUUCUGUGGCCGAGUAGAUAUCUGCCCGCAAAACAAAGGACGAGUGGAUAUUUAUGCCAAAGUUGCAAAGCAAGACCUCAUGUUGUCCAUCACCAACUUUGUAAGGCUUCAUCAGGCUCUAUUUCCACCAAGCCAGGAAAAAAUGGAAUCGCUAUAUCAAGAUGGAUAUAAUGAUGCCAUACAUUUUUUACUGAAGGAAAACUGGUUUGAAUAGAUUAUGUGUGAUGAAAAUAAAAAAGUUUGGUGGCUCGUCAACGCAAAGCUCCAAACACUCCACCGAGGCCAAAAGGCUGAUGCCGCCAUUUCUGUUUAUCUUAAAAGAAUCCCACUGGGAUUUCAUCUGUUGUUGCCAAACAAGUGUUUUAUGUAUCAGUAUGCUGGACUGAAUUUGCAGAUGGUUUCAAAUGCAGUGGAAUUGUACUUGGCAUAGAAGAUAAGCUGCUGCUUAGAAAAGAUUAAGAGAAAUCAAUUUUUUUCUUUUUUUUUUUUCUUCUUCCUUUUUUCAUCCUUUCAUCUGGAGGCUAAAAUGCUAAAAAUAUGACUUUGGGCACUGAUUAAAUUGAUGUAUUCAUAUGUAGUCAUAAAAUAUGUGUAAUUUACAGAAAACCGAAUGUUUGUGUUAUUUCAUAAGGAAUCUUAUUAAUGUGUUCAUUAAUUGGUUUACUCAUUUUGGUUUUAAUUUUUUUUUAACUUAGUGCAUUCUCAAGCAUGAACUGUAAUUACAGUGAAACCAUGGGAGAGAAAACAACUUAAUUGCAUGUCUUUUCAUUGUUCUGCAUACGUGCUUCGCCAUUAGUAGAGCUAGUUUUUCAGAUAGGCUGCAUAAAUUUUAACAUUUUAACUUUCAAAUGGUUCAUUUAUCCUUUCUGUCAUAUAAAAUUCAUUGUGGAAAGAAAAGAAAAAUGACAAUUAAAAGUAUUGGCAUUUUUGCCUAUGUUAUAGUCACCUAGAAAAUAGAUCACAGCAAUUUUUAAAUAUGUAUAAAGCAAGUUGCAUUAUACAGUUCUAUUUACAACAUUGUCCCCAAGGAAGUAAUUUGCCGAUUUAAUCAAAAUUGUCCAAAUUGCAUUUUCACCCAAAAUGCUUUGUAUGCAGUUGGAACCCAUUGGGUAUGUUUUUCUAGUGGCACAACUCCUGUCAGCAUAAUCUAAGAAUAGUAUUGAUUCUACUUAUAGUAUAUAUUACAGCAUCAAUUUUAAA